AUGUCAAUGGUUUUAACCAAAGUUCCACCAUUUCAUUAUAUCCAUGUUUUGGAUACAAAUAUACAAAUUGUAAAGAUGAUUGAAGGUCCAAUAUCAUAUCUUGUAAAAGAACAUGAAAAAAUUGUAGUUCAACCAACAAGAAUGCAUGUUAUUCAAAAUAAUGAAUAUUGUAUAAUUGAAUCACCAGUUAUUAGAGAUCAAGAUAAAAAGACAGUAUUGGUUGAUAAAUACGGACAAGCAAAAUUAAAACAUGGAUCAAGAGAGAUUAGAUUUGAAAGUGGGGAACCAUUUCCAUUGUAUCCAGGUGAGAGUAUGAUCGGAAAGAUAUCACCAUUGACAGUGAUUUUAAAUAAUGAAGCCAUCGUAAUUAAAGCGUUAGUUGACUUUUUGGACACUGAAACUUCUAAACUUAUUUCAGCAGGUGAUGAAUGGUUAAUGUAUGGUCCAGCAACUUAUAAACCACGUGUAGAAGAGCAUGUCAAAGAAAUUAGAAAAGCAUUCAUAGUGAAACCACACAACGCUUUGAAAAUCAUGGCAACCAAUGAUUUCAAAGAUAAAGUCUACAAACAACAACGUAAAUCAGGUGAUGAAUGGUUGAUGACUGUCGAAGGACCAUACAUUCUAGAUGCUUAUGAAAAGUUGGUGGAAAUCGUUGAGCCAUAUGUAUUGGAUGAUAAUAACUCAAUCCAUGUUGCUGCCAAUAGGAAGUUUGUAGAUUCGAAUGGUGUCGAGAGAAAAAAAGGUGAUAAAUGGUUACUCACAAAACAAGACACCACUUUAUUCAUCCCUCAGCCAUCUGUCACCGUUGAGAAGGUUGUGCCUGUGACUGUGCUAACCCAGUUGAAUUAUGUUAUUAUUAGUGAUCCGUAUGAUGAGGAGACCGGUGCACCUUUGUUGGGUGAGAAAAAGAUUGUUAAAGGUCCAAAGAAUUUCUUUCAAAAACCUGGUGAGACUUUAAGCAUUAUUCAAAGUACUUACAUUUUGGAACCAGAGGAUGCAGUUUAUGUAAAGGUUUUAGAAGAAUUUGAAGAAUCUGUUCGUUCUGGAAAUACUCUAAAAAAUGUAACUAGAAAAUCAGGUACUAAAUAUUUAGUCUAUGGUCCAUGUGAAUACGUACCACCAUUAACUGUACAAGUAUUAAAGAAAACUAAAGCUAUCAUUUCAAAUGAACAAUUUGGAAUUUACAUUUUUGAUUUGAUGCCUGCUUUAAAUGUUUUUGUAAUUUUAUUAAUCUUUUAUUUAAUUUUAAAAUUCUUUUUUUAG